CCAGGAUAGACGAUCUUUGUGUGAGGCUGUAGUAUGUGCGUUGAAGAGCAGCUCCUCUCCCCACAGGCUGCUAUGACCUAGCUACCGGACGACACUUUCUGUUUUCAGGACUGACCGCUGCGUCUGAAAUAGUUUUGUCGCGUUUUUGGCAAUCAAACAUUCAACAUACAGGCGUUUAUGGUCGCAUUAACGCGACUUUUUAAUCGUAGCUGCUGGCCUCUGGGGCUAGCUGGCUAGCAGAGCAGUUAAAGAGGGGAGCCAGCUGGUCGGACAGAGGUACAGUAACGUUAGCAAGCAAGCUAAUUAGCCAGAAAGACUGGAUUAGUAACUGUCUAUAAUCAAAGAGAGCGCAAGUGUGCGGUUUUACUUACUGCGGCAAAAUGAAGAUAACCGUGGAUUUCGAGGAAUGUUUGAAGGACUCCCCACGGUUCAGAGCCACAAUAGAAGAAGUGGAGGGGGAUGUGUGUGAGUUGGAAUCCAAGCUCGACAAAUUGGUGAAGUUGUGUAUUGGGAUGAUUGAUGCUGGAAAAGCUUACAAUGCAGCCAACAAGCAGUUUGUUAACGGAAUCCGGGAGCUAGCCCAGCAGUCCACCAAAGAUGAGGUCAUCGAGUCCAGCCUCACAAAGUUUGCUGAGAGUCUGCAGGAGAUGAUAAACUAUCACACGAUAUUAUUCGAUCAGGCCCAGAGAUCAAUCAAGACCCAGCUUCAAACAUUUGUCAAAGAUGACAUACGUAAGUUCAAAGAAGCCAAGAAGCAGUUUGACAAAGUGAGCGAGGAAAAGGAGGCGGCUCUAAUCAAGAAUGCCCAGGCUCCCCGCAACAAGCAGCAUGAGGUGGAGGAGGCCACCAACAUCCUAACUGCCACACGCAAGUGCUUCCGACAUAUCGUCCUCGACUACGUCUUACAGAUCAAUGUGCUACAAUCCAAGAGAAGAUCCGAAAUCCUGAAAUCAAUGUUGUCCUUUAUGUACGCCCACCUGACGUUCUUCCACCAAGGAUAUGACCUCUUCAGUGAACUACAACCUCUAAUGAAACUGCUUGGAGGACAGUUGGACCAGCUGGUGGUGGAUGCUGCCAAAGAGAAGAGGGACAUGGAGCAGAAACACUCCACCAUCCAGCAAAAGGCUGCUCUGCAGGAGGUGACUGAGCUCCACUCUGACUACCGCAACUUUUGUGCUUGGAGGUCGACCUCCGACUUCUCGAAUGACGACACCAAGCUGGAGUACAAUGUUGAUGCAGACAACGGCAUCGCCAUGGAGGGUUAUCUCUUUAAGAGGGCCAGCAACGCUUUCAAGACGUGGAAUAGGCGUUGGUUCUCCAUCCAGAACAAUCAGCUAGUUUACCAGAAGAAAUUUAAGGACAACCCUACAGUGGUGGUGGAAGACCUGAGACUAUGUACAGUCAAACACUGUGAGGACAUAGAGCGUCGCUUCUGUUUCGAAGUGGUGUCACCCACCAAGAGCUGUAUGAUGCAGGCAGACUCAGAGAAGCUGCGACAGGCCUGGAUCAAAGCCGUCCAGAACAGCAUCGCCACCGCCUUCCGCGACAAGGGAGAUGAGGGCGAGAAGCUGGAUAGGAAGUCGUCCACGUCCACAGGGAGUCUGGACUCUGGUGGGGAGCCGAAGGAGAGAUCACUGAAAGGAGAGAGUGCCCUGCAGAAGGUCCUGGCCAUCCCAGGAAACACCUGCUGCUGCGACUGUGGCCAGCCAGACCCCCGCUGGGCCAGCAUCAAUCUAGGCAUCACCCUGUGCAUACAGUGCUCUGGUAUCCACAGGAGUCUAGGAGUGCAUUUCUCUAAGGUUAGGUCUUUGACUUUGGAUACAUGGGAGCCAGAACUACUUAAGUUGAUGUGUGAACUGGGAAAUGGAGUGAUCAACCAGAUCUAUGAGGCUCGGCGAGAGGAGCUAGGAGCCAGAAAACCACAGCCAGGAGAUCCGAGGUACAGACACGAGGUGGAGGCCUACAUCAAAGCCAAAUACGUGGACCGCCGGUUUGUGCGUCGGCCAUCAGACGAGGAACUUCGCAACAAAGUGGUUUCUCUGAGCAAACAGGAGAAGAGGCUGAGCAGCAGCUCUGAGCAUCUGCCCCCAAGAGCGCCACCACCCACCCCAAAACUCCGACCCGGUUCAAACAUCUCCGGACAGUCAGCUGUUGCCAGCGGCUCGGAGGCCCGCCGCGACUCUCUCUUCUGUCCUGACGAGCUUGACUCGCUCUUCUCCUACUUUGACAACUCUUCCAAGCUCAGGAGCAUAAAAAGUGCAGACAGCGGCAUCCAGAACAGCGCUGAUGGGAGCAGGGAGAUGCUGGCCAACACCCCCUCCAAUAACAGCCUGACAAAUGCAGACGCUGCAGAGUCCCAGCCCAUGGCCAUGCCUGCCACACUGCCUUCUCCGUCACCCUGUAAGGAGAUGGUUUUCUACGAGCCUAAGGAGUACAGCCCGGGUCUGCAGCUCUACUGGGCCUCAUGUGCCCGCAGCCUGCCGGACAUGGCGGAGGCUCUGGCCCAUGGAGCCGAGGUCAAUUGGGUCAACACGGAGGACGACAAGAGGACGCCGCUUAUCAUGGCGGUGCAGGGGGGUUCGCUGGUUGCCUGUGAGUUUCUGCUCCAAAAUGCAGCAAAUGUGAACCAGCAGGACGCUCAGGGCCGAGGACCCCUCCACCACGCCACCAUGCUGGGACAUACAGGGCAAGUGUGUUUAUUCUUAAAAAGAGGAGCAAAUCAAAAUGCUGCAGACAUUGACGAGAAAACACCCCUUACAGUAGCGGUGGAGGCAGCCAAUGCAGACAUUGUCACACUGUUGCGACUGGCCAAGAUGAAUGAGGAGAUGCGAGAGGCGGAGGGGCCCUACAGCCAGUCAGGUCAAUAUAACACCAACAGCCCCACCGAGAUGCAGUACAGGAAGUGCAUGCAGGAGUUUAUUAGCCUGCAGCUAGGCGAAACCUAAUAACUGUCAGCUCUUGUUAUAACACAGGGGGAACAUAGUGUAAAACCAGGCUUAUCAGAGGAAAUGUAAAGCCCAGGUUUCAGAGCUGGGGUCAGUUGACUGAAACACUGCAAAUUAACCAGACAAUUCAUUCUCAGUGGUUUUAUUACAAAUUGGAGGCCACUUGUUUAUUAAGAGUCCUCCAGGUUUGGGGAAAUUCGAUCCACUGGCGUGAGAUUGAGUGAACUGAGCCCAACUCUGUCAGUUGUGCUCCUGUGUCCUGCUGGACUGUGAGUGCAUCUUAUCUGCCCAGCUCCUGCCAUCUGCUGGGUCAGCUGCACCUUGGUGUGGUAUUACGUCAGGUGCUAGACUGUAUCAACAUGACAGAGUUAAAGCCAUCGACUUUAAUGGACAUUACCGAAGAGUUUUGUUCCAAAGUGGAACAUCCACAUUUUCAAUUAAGUGACUGUUACUAAUGUAAAAUUAUUGAUAGCACAAAAUUCACAGUGUAAUUUUUCACUAGAUAGUCUGUACUUCCUCCCUUUAAGUUUAAAUUGUACCUCUUUUGCUGCGUCCCUCUAUUUUAGAGGUGUUCAGUGAUUUAUAGCAGCUAAUGAGAAAUUAGUUUUUUGGGCUAAAAUACUUUUUAUUUUUUAAUUAGUGUUGUGUCUUUGCUAUCAGUCACAGUAUCUUUGCAAAAAAACUAGCUACCCAGUAACUGCCACCUGUAUCCAGUGACACUCAGACCUCAAAGUGACGGCAGUUUUCACUAUCUGGCAAUAAUCCUGACUUUUGAAUGACUUUUUUUAUCAUCUGACCAGUCUGGACAGGCGUAGUGUGUGUCUAUAAAGUUUCAUUUUAAAUUGGCCUGUCAGACGUAAAUUAUGCACAUUCCUAUUAAUGGUUAUGCAACUACUGUACCUUUUUCCUGCGAUUGUAUGGUUCCCAUUUUAAGUCUUAACCAUUUUCAAAGCCUGUUUACUUAUUUGAACUGUUUGUUGUCCAAACAUAAUGCAUCUUGCUGUUGUGACAUGCCUGGUCAGAAAAAAGUCUAUUUUAGUACAGUUUUCUUUUAUAAAGAUAAUUCUAGGAACUGUAUAAUAAGUAUACUUGCUGUACAUGUCGUAAAUGAUGUGCAUACGUACAUUUCUUUAUAGUCUGACAGAAUAAGCUGAGUUGAGAGGGUGAGUGCCAUGAAGGGGGCUCUGUGUUCACACCCUUGCUUUUCUUUUUCUGAUUGUGUGGUAUUUACUUCCUGUUAUAACAAUAUUGUGUCUUGGUUAUUAGUUGGUUAAGUGUGCUUGCUCAUUGCCUGUAAUUACGGGAAAUCCAGAAUUGUAAGAUGAUGAAGGCCUUUUAGUGCCAUCGCACUGAUUGUAUCGAAUGUUAGUGGGUUUUUACUCAAAUAUAGAAAAACCAUCUGAGUAUGGUACAUUGUCAAGCAUAAAGUGCAAUAGUCUAGAAAAAUAUCCAUGUAACCAUGUAUAGAUUUUUAUCACCUGCUAGUCCUAGCUUAUAUUUAUCUUAAUCAUAUGGGAGCUUUACAAAAAAAGUAUAGUAGAUAUUCAUUAAGAGUGUGGCUACAGAUGCAAAGCUCACUUUAUUGAUAGUGAAUGAAUAAUGGAAGAUACCCCAAUUCAUCCCCCAUCUCCGCUCCGUUCAGCCCCAAAUCCUGGGAGGGCACCACAGCACGUUGAUUAAACGGUCAUUUCUGCUCAUUCACGUUGAUGGAGCAGCGCCCCCUGGUGCUGGCAGAACAAUAUGUGAUGUUUUGAAUGGCUGACUAAUUGUGGGGAUGCGUUCAGUUGUUAGAAUAGGGAUUACUGAUUGUGUUGUGAUUGUGUUCGCAGGUAAAUUCAGUUUUUGUGUCCUUUACAGAUGCUGAGGUUUUUUUUCUUAAUUCUUAGAUUGUAGGGAAAAGGGACUUGUGCAUUUAUGUGUGUUGACCACAGGAGGGAGGGCUACACUCAGAAAUGUCCGUCCAUAUUUCCUAGAAGAAUAAAUCAUCCCCAAUUGUGGGUAGAUGUGCUGCUCUAGGUAGCCAAGCUGUUAUUAGCCUGAAUGCUGCUUUUUUUUUAAAGUGGAAUAUCUUCCGUGGGGAUUUUUUGCUUUUUAAAAAUAAGUCAGGAAUGUUUUGGACCUGAAUGACAAAGAAUGACACGUAAUUCUUCUUAUUUCUUAUUGUUGUUUUCUUUAGCGUGUGCAGUGGUUGUUGAUAAGGAAUGGUACAGAAGCUAUUGCUGGCUGAGAGAAACAGAAGGAGGUUUGUCUUUAGCAGAAGAAGCAGAGUAGAGUCUGAAGUACAAGCUUCUAGUCGCUGAAUGAUCCUCACCUUUGUUUUGCUUUGCGAGAGGAUUUGCUUAGUUGUCGGUAUCAGCUUGCCGUCCUCUUUGAUAUUCGGCGGCCUCUUCAUCAGCACCUCCAAUCAGUUGAUGAGUGAUGGGACUGAUGAGGGAUAUUCAGGGGUAAUGAAUGUGAGGGAGAACCAACCUCAUCAAGCCUCCCUCCCCCUUUUUUAUUAAAAUUACAGCUCCCUCGACUCAAGUGUUUCUACCUGAUUGAGUGUGUAGAAGAAGUGCAGAGUGGUGGUUCUCAACCUGCAGGGUGCUCUGUGAUUUUUGUGGGCAUUUAAACAUUUAUUUAUGAAAUCCGAGGGCAAAUAUGUAUAUUUUUUAUAACAUAAUGAUAAAAUAUUUUGCAUAAUUAUCUUUUUCUUUAAUCAAUAUUUGUCUCCUGUAGUCUUCUAAAAAUUGAUUUCAAAACCUGAAAAGAGAAAAUUUACACUUGAAACUUGAACAGAUUGAGAACCGCUGCUCUGGUGUAAGAGGAGGCUCUCUCUCUUCUUUAUUGCUCUCAUCUUCUUCUCUCUGUAAAUUCACUCUCUCCGUUCUGUAUUUUGCUUUGCUUUUCUCACUCUCCUCCCCAGAGUUUGUGCCUUUCUUCUGUUCUCUUUUUUUUUUCCUUUGGGGUGCUGAGGCCAACACAACUGUAUUUUUGUACAUAAACUCCUGCACUUUAAACACAAUACAGUUGUUAACAAAAAUGAA